AUGAUCCACUUGAAUCAUCGCUCUCCGGUUUUGAUUGUGUGGAGUUUAAUAUUUUUCUUCAUUGCUGCAGUAGCUGUUGCACUUCGGGUGGCCUCUAUACAUAUUCGACGUCGAGGCUUGAAAAGUCAUGAUUACCUUGUUUUCUUCUCACUGGUGCUAUUGACUGGCUAUGUGGUGGACAUGCUGAUUGGGGCCACUACAGCUGGCUAUGGUGGACAUACGGCGACCAUGGCUGUACGAAACCCAGGAGAGUUGGCUAGCGCAUUGAAGAUUUUCUGGGCAUCAGAAUGGAUGUGGGCAACCUCGACAGUCUGCUUUAGACUCUCCAUACUCCUUUUAUAUAUGGAGAUCUUCCCAGGAAACCAGAAAUUCUUCUGGUGUGCGACUGGGGUGGGAUGUCUCGUCUUCCUAUACUGGGUGUCUGCGGUAUUAACCAUCGCAUUGCUUUGUCGCCCAGUUGCCUACAACUGGGACCGCACGAUUCCAGGGAGCUGUGGGGAUGUUUUGAAGAUACAGUAUGCAUCUGCAGGGUUCAACAUGGGCAUUGAUUUGGGAGUCGUGUUGUUGCCGCUCCCUAUUGUUUGGCGGCUGCAAAUGUCGAGUCGAAAAAAGACCGGCGUCACUGCAUCUUUCGCGAUAGGCAUCCUCACGGCCGGUAUCAAUCUGGGCCGCAUUAUUCAGACCAAGUUGUGUCCGGCUGACGACCUAAUUUACUGCCUCAGAGAUUCCUCUAUUUUUAUCAUGGCAGAAAUGACAGCAGGAAUCUUGGUGGCCUGUGUUCCAACGUUUGGGCCCCUAUUGUUUCGCAAGCGAAACGUACAUUCAGCGCAACCACGCGAUUUGCCCACAAUUGGGUCAAUUCGAAUCCGCCGUCGUCCUGCGAAAUUCGAUUCCCUCCUUUCCAUACUCGAUCGCAGUCACAAUGAGGGGGAAGAGCGAGGCCAUACAAAGGAAGUGGAGCCUGUCGGUGCGCCGACGGCACUUAUUGGGGCUGGGGCAGAAAAUGAAGCUCCAGAGACAGGCAUUUUGGUGACGCGCGACCUGGAUGUGCAUAGUCUAAAUGUGCUGCCUCGAGUAUCAGAGAAUUCUACUGUUUGA